AGUACCAACUGAACGUAUCCUACGUUAGUUUUUGCCUUAUGGUCGUCGAUGUCGUGAGUCGUAAAAAAAAUCAGUUUCACGUCAAACAGUAUUGAAUUUUGUCGAAAAUUUAUACAUUUUCUGUUAUCUAUUUUAAGGUAAAAUAUUAAUCUUAUUAAAUUGUUUAUUAUUGAUGAUACUAGAUAAAUCCCAAAAAACAAGAGUACUCCAUGAAAAACGAUAGAACACUGUCAAUUUAUGACGUGCUUAUUCUUCCAAUCAUUUUUUUCGAAUCCAUUUUCUUAUAGCGUUACUCAAAUAAUAUCGUUUGUACUUCAAUAUUCGUAAAAAAAAAAAGAAAAAAAAAAAAAGAAAAAAAAAAGAAAAAAAAAAAAAAAAAGAAAAAAAAAUGGUGCGGAUUAUUUAUUACGCCUAACUUUACCUAAUCGUAUUAUAAAAUGACAUACGCGUCCUUAAAGAUGAUUGUUUGAAUGAUAUAAAAUAUUAAAUUACCAUGGAGGGUCAAGUACAAGUAAAGGAAGAGCCAAUUAAGUCUGAAGGGGUUGUACAAAGUUCUGAUAGCAGCGAAAGAAGUGAAGGGGCAGCCUCUCCACCUCCUAAUUGUAGUAUUUGUCUUGGAAAACUUAUCAACACAUCAUUUACUGACAGUUGCUUACAUCAAUUUUGCUUUAAUUGCUUAUUACAAUGGUCUAAAAUAAAAACAGAAUGUCCAUUAUGCAAACAAACUUUUAAAUCAAUCAUACAUAAUGUAAGAUCAGAAGAAGAUUAUGAUCAAUAUCAUGUACCACGCGAAUUAACGUCUCAAAUUCCACAACCUCCAGUCAUGGCAAUCCAGCAUUUAGAUGUUAAUUUUGAAGUAGAUGGAAAUUGGGAUGUUGGUUUACGGCGUUUCUUCUACAGAACAACUAUGAAUGAUAAUCGUCGUCGUGGAGCCAUAUCAAACACUGAACAGAUUGCAAGAGAACAGAUAAUACCAGUUAUGCAGCGACAGGUUCCAGGAGAAGAACACAGGCGCAUGAAUCCUACUUUUCGUCGUGCUAUAUACACAUAUGGAAUAUGGGCUACUUCUUUACCUGGACGUUUUGGAUUUGGACGUUUUCAAGAAUGUAGCGCUGAAUAUUAUCGGAGAUAUCCAAGGGAAUUGGAUCGUCUUGUUCCAUGGUUAAACAGAGAAUUACAUAUAUUAAUUAACAAUAGACCGGCACAUAUUCCAUAUGUUUUAAGAAGGAUUAUGGACGCAUUAACACGUCAUGAUAUUAGAAGUCUCCAAUUUCAAAAUAUUGUGCGACCAUAUUUUGGUGUACAUACAGAACAUUUUAUACAUGAGUUAUUUAAUUUUGCAGGGACUAAUUAUGAUAUAGUUGCAUAUGAUCAAGCUGUUACUUAUUUAUUUGAAGGUUUAUCAAGAGAUUACGUUUCACAUGUUGUUUCACCUGUAUCUAGUAGCAGUAGUACUUCUUCCGAUGAUUCAGAUGUUCAUGUACUUGAUGAAGCAAUUGAUUUACGUGUAAAUGCUGAAUUACCUGGCGUAGGACCACACCCAGUUAAUAUGCCUGGACCUAGUACUGUUGGGCAAUCUUUUCAAUUGGAAAUGCCAUAUAAUGUACCAGAUGUUUUGACAAUAUCAUCUGGAUCUUCAGAUGACGAAUGCGAAGUGAUCUGUUAUGUCAAACCUCGUCAUGAAAGAACACCUGAGAUAAUAGAAUUAGUCUCUUCCGAUCCUGAGGAUGCAAAUACAGCUUAUGUAUCUAAUGAUAAUGCAGAACCUGUGCAAACUUCUGUUUACGAGGAUGUUCCUCAAGCUAGUACAUCAUUUAAUUCUAAAAAAGGAUCGUCUAAUAAGGUAAAUAGUGAAAUCAUAAGGACUAUUAUCUCAGAAAUAUCAUCUUCUUCAAGCGAUAAUUCGUCAGAUAGUGAUUACAAUCCUAGAAGAAGCAGACAAUGUCGAAGUCAUGUAAAGAAAUCGUCAAAGAAAAAAAUCAAUAAUAAAAGACGUAAACACAGUAAUUUCAAGAACCGUAAAAGAGUAGAUAGUAGUGUUUCAAGUUCAGGUGAAAGUGAUUUCAGAAAUAAAAGUAGUAGAAGAAGCAGUCAACGUGGAAAAAUAAAACCAUAUAGUUCUAGCGAAUCUAGUUUGGAAGAAGAUAGAAAGAAGAAAUUGAGUGAAGUAAAAUCAAGAAAAGAAACAAAUUCAAUUAAAGGUACAGUAAAUGUGCGUAAGGAUUUAAUAAAAAAAGAAGAAAGAUACAAUGAAGAAAAUAAUGUCCUUAAUAACAAUAAUGGCAGCAGUACUAACAGCAGCAGUAGUAGCAGUACUAGCAGUAGUAGCAGUAGUAGCAGUAGCAGCAGCACUACUAGUACUAGUAAUAGUAAUAGUAGUAGCACUAGCAGCAGUGAGACAUGUAAUGAAAGUAAAGAAACUCACAAAUGUGAACUUUUACAACAAAAGUCAAGAACUAAAGGUUCUACAAGCUCACGUGUUUAUGAUAUUGAAAAAAUUGAAAGAGAUGGUAAAAAUAAAGAUAAAUCCCGAAUGAUAACCGAUGUAAUAUUAUUAGAUGAUUCUAGUCGAAAAAAUUACAAAUACAAGGAAAAUAAACGAUCUAGAACCAGAAGUACUAGCGAAUCUUCUCACAAGCAGAAAAAAAAUAAAAGAUCAAGCUGUAGAAAACGACAAGUUCAUAAAUGUAAAAAUGAAUACGAUAGUGAAGAUGCUAGUAAUUCGAUAGACACAGAUUUCUUAAAGAGAGAGAAUAGUACAUGUUCCAAUAGCCAAUUUAGCAAUUAUUCAGAUAGAUCAUACAAACAUAAAAGAAGAUCUAAACAUAGGGAUUUAUGUAAAGAUAAAAGAAGAAAACGUUCUCGUAUUAGAUCGCGUAGUAGAUCUCGAAAUAGAUCCCGUAGCAGAUCUAGCAGAUCUAGUAAAUCUCAUAACAGAUCUCGUAGUAGUUCUCGUAGCAGAUCUCGUAGUAGAUCUCGUAGUCGAUCUUCCAUCUCUAAUUCAAGUGUAACAAAUUCAGUAAUGUCAUCUAAAAGUGAAACAUGUUCAAUAUCGAAACAUUCCGAUUCUAAAAAUAGUUCAUCUAGCAAAGAGAAGCGCAAAUUACAUAAAAGUCAUAAAAAAUCAAAACAUCUAAGAUCGCGAUCAAAAUCAAGAUCUAAAAAGGUGAAACGUCGUGUUAGAUGGUCUUAUAGCUCUAACUCGGAUUAAUUUUUUUCAUAUAGCUUAUUAAUCUUCUCAACUAUAAAUUAGGUUUAUUUGUAAUAUAGUUGCAAUGUACACUAUGAAGGAUGGCUUAUUAUUUUAAUGUUAUCUCACUAUAACAAUCGUUUAUUGCUUACUACACUUUUGAAAUAUGAUGAUUAAUCAAGUGAGAAAAAGACAAAACAUAAAGAAGUUAAAAUAAUAGUUUGAUAAUUUUGUCUGAAAACAAACUAAUAAAUUUUGUUUAGUACAUAUACGUAUAUACAUUUUGUUCACUUCUUUUCUUAUUCACGAGAUCAUUAACAAAUUAUUUUAUUAAGAAAAACAUGUUUAUUCAUUUUUUUAAAUUUCAUUAUAAAUUAUAAAUAUAAUUCAAGUUAAUAAGUAGCUUUUUAAGUUGCUAAUACAUACAUUUCUUUUACAUAUUAUUCCUUAUUGUUAUUAUUAUAUUAAUGUAAUAAUCUUAUACGAAAUAUAACUAUCAUUUAAAGAUAUUUAUGAAUAUUAUGUAAGAUAAAAAAAUGUCAUUUAUAUAUAGGGAUAUUUAUAAAAAUUAACAAAAGAAAAAUGUACUGAUAUAUUAGCUGAUUAUAAACAUAUGCUAGAACUUAUGUAAUAAAGUAUAAUUAUAGAAUUAUAAUAUUAAAAAAUUAAAAUAUUGUUUUACUGUCAAUAGAAAAUUAAUUUUAAACGGAACUAAUAUAUUGCAUUAUGAUUCUCAAUGAAAUGACAUAGCAUUUAUAAUAAAUAAUAUUUACUAAGUUUUUUUAUAAUUAUUUUUUAUUGAAGUUAUAAGAGAAAAUAAAUAUAUAAUGAUGCACAAGUUGCAUAAAUGUAAAUGCAUGAAUAACAAAUUAUAAAUAGAGUAAUACAAAAAUGGAUAUAAUGUUGUUGUCAAUGUUGCAAUGAAGAUAAUUUUUAGAAAUUGCAUUCUUUACUAAAAAAAAUUAUUUUUUAUUUAUCAUUUUUAAAUGAUAAUAUUCCUAAGUUAAUUAACAGGAAAAAAAUUUCAUACUAAAAGAUAAUACUAAUUCUAAUAUUAAUGUAUAUUAGUUUUUCAUAUAUCCUUUACAACAAUUAAUGAAAAAAAUAGAAAAAAAAAAAAAAAAAAAUAAAACAAAUGCACAUAAUAUGUUCAAUUAAUAUCUAUUACUUUCUAUGUGAUAUAAAAUGAAUAUAAAACAUAAAAACUGAAUUUAUUCAUGGAACAGAUCAGAAUGUAUUUAAAUUCUAUAUUAUAAUAAAUCCAUAUAUAGUAUAUAUCUGUGUGUAUGUACAUAUAUAUAUAUACAUAUAUAUAAUUUAUUUUUUUUUAUAUUUUGCAUUUAUUUUUAAAAAAUAAUUUACACUUACAUUUUUUUUAUAUUAUACAGUAAAAUUUAUGUAACUUGUCUUUUGUUAUCCCAAAAUUACUUUCAUGUAUAUAAUUUUACAUUGGAAAAUAAAUUAUUAUUAUAUAUUUCUUUAAAUGAAAAUUUCUAAAUACUGUUCUUCUUCAACGUGAUUCCCAAAGAAAUAAUCAUAUAUACACUUUCACCUUGUGUGCGAAUAAUGUAAUUAAUACAUUUGUAAAUGAUAAAGAUACGAGCGUAUGUAUUAUGCGUGAUAAUUUUUAUAUUAAGUAUAAUUUAAUUAUUUAUGAUUAUAAGGAUAAUGAAAAUAAAAACAAUAUAAAAGGUUUAAUAAGUAGAGUAGAUACAAUUAUGAACACACCGCUGUCAUGUAUUAUGUAUAUAUAUAUAAUGCAAUUUCUUUGUAACAAAAAGAUUAUAUUCUUUUCUUUAUAAAUUAAAUAAAGUAUGAAAACGAA